AUGUUUACGUACCUCACUCUUCUAUUCUAUGCUGCAAUUGUUUCGGCACAUACUAUCUUCCAAGAGCUCUACGUCAAUGGCGUGGACCAAGGACACGAAACCGGUAUUCGUGUUCCUGAUUACGAUGGUCCUAUUACGGAUGUCACUUCGAACGACAUCAUCUGCAACGGUGGUAUAAAUCCAUACCACCAACCAAUUGACCCAGCGGACCCGGUCGAUCCUUCUCACAAAGGUCCUAUCUUAGCUUAUUUAGCUCAGGUCCCCAAUGCCACUCAGAGCACGGUGACGGGUCUGCAAUGGUACAAGAUCUAUGAAGACGGCUAUUCCAACGGUGUAUGGGCCGUGGAUACACUUAUAGCCAACAAGGGCAAGGUCAGUUUCACUAUCCCAAGUUGCGUUGCUGCUGGGCAAUACUUGUUGCGGGUAGAACUCAUUGCUCUACAUGCCGCGUCAAGUUAUCCUGGCGCUCAAUUUUACAUGGAAUGUGCGCAACUGCAAAUCACGGGAGGUGGUAGUGCGUCACCAGCAACAGUGUCCUUCCCUGGCGCUUACAAGGGUACCGAUCCCGGCAUAAAAAUCAACAUCUACGAGCCGUUGUCCAACUAUACUAUUCCAGGGCCUUCCGUGUUCAGCUGCAGCGGUAGCAGUAACACUCCGGUGCCUUCAUCGGCUCCUGCUUCGUCUGCCACCGGCGAAGCCGCCUCUACAACAUCCGCUGUUAUUGCUACCCCAACCUCGGGAGCUACUGUUGCACAAUACGGGCAGUGUGGUGGUUCAUCAUACACGGGACCAACCAUUUGUGCUUCGCCGUUUACGUGCCAGAACCUCAACGACUACUACAGCCAGUGCCUAUAA